AUGCGCAGUGGUUUCUACCACGGCUCCGAAGCAAACCAUACCGAAUUCCUGAGACCCUCGGCCCCGGAGAGCUCGACCACGCAAUUGUACGGUGGUGAUACGACACUCGACCGCUCGCCGCGCCGUGAUCUGUUGGGCAGAAAAGGAGGAAAGUCCAUCAAAGACUUCACCCAGGAUUGGAUCAACCAAUAUCUCUCGGGCCAACCCAGAACCGAACGCAGUAACUGGCUCAGCGACGACUCCGGUAGCGAGGCUCCCUCGUUCUUCACGGCCCAGAAUCAUUUCGCAGACGACCCGUCCGACGAUUGGCUUGCUCUAGAGCAGGACACCCGCGACGAAGACCUCUUGAAGACCCCGACGCUCGCCGACUUUGUCAAGAGAAGGACGAUUGCGACCCACGGGGAAAAUAGUCCCGGACGUCAACGCACGAAAGACUAUCUUCACCGGAGAGCCGAUACACUACGGCAAGAAGACUUUUGGGGUUUCGCCUACGACAAGGACCCCCAGCCCAUCACCAUGGCCGACACAAAGGAGGGUCAGCCCCCAACAUCCCAACCGGAGCUCCCCCAGGUACCGUCUCCGAGCGAAAAGCCACUCCCCCCUCCCCCUGCCGAUGCUGGGAAAGAAGACAACGCUGCAGCCGUGCCUGUAGAAGGUUCCGAACCGAAAGCUACACAGAACAAAGUGUCGACAAGCAGGAAUACCUCAACGCCCGUGCCGAGAGUAAGAAAGAAGAUCAUCUGGCGCGGCAAGGCUUGUAUCAUUGGACUGCCACCGGGAGACAAAAGAGGCACCGAAGAAUCCGGCUAUCGCCUAUUGAGUGCUGAGGACGUUGAACAGAGGCUAAAGGACUGGGAAGAGAAAGGCUACAGCGUCCGUGGGUUUGAUGUCGGUGCGCCAGAGGACAGCUCAGAGGUUACCGAAUUAGGCGGGCUCAGUCGUCCCUCUUUCCCAGACGUGCCGGAAGCUGAAGAAGAAUUGAAGACAGGGGGUUACGCCGUCAACUUUCCGAACAAGAAUGUCUGGGACUCGUACGUUCGGGCCCUCCAGGAGGAGAAGCUUCGAGCUCUGGGAGUUUCACUCGGCGAGGAGGAAAUGCAGCCGUCUGUAUCGCCGGCCAUGAGCCAGAUGGCUCCGUUCCCCGGGAUGGGCCCGUCACCACCGAUACCGACGGCAUCAGCAGCCAGCAACCCACUGUCCGGACCGAACCCGUUCUCCCCUCAUUUCAACCAGUCCGCAAACAACAAUGGCAUUGGUAGCUUGGCAUCCCCCGUCUCGCAUUUUGGCGUUCAAACACCAUUCUUGGGCGUUGACCAGAACCUCUUGCCCGGAUAUCAUGUUCCGUUCCAGAAUACGCCUCCUGCACAGGGCUCGCUUACCCCUCAGAACUUCUUCAACGCCCGUCAUCCGAAUAACCCUGGUCUUCCGGGCGCUCUCCCCGACCUAACGUCUAUCUUGUCACCUGUAUCACCGAUGAAUGGCCCGGGUGCCUUCCACCCUGGAUUAAACGAACAGUCGGAGCUGCAAAACAGUGCAUUCCAUGAACCACACAUGGAUCAUCAUCUGCAACAAGACAAUGCUAUGGAAGGCCAUCUUUUGCGUCCUGUUCACACCCCUACGGAAAAUCUGGACAACUUCCACGCCUCGACCGUGGAGAUCGCUCAGCCUACGCCCCGCGGCCAUAGCCGUGGUCACAACCUGAGCGAAACGCUCCAGAAGGGACUUGAUCAGAUCGCCCAGUCCGACUAUCAUUUGGAGGAGUCAAUUGAGAGGCAACUUGAGGAGGGUGACCACGAGCCGGCUCACAAUUUCGGCGCCCCAGGAUUGAUGCACUCUCAAUGGGCCCUGCCAGAGAACGACAACCGUGACCUCCAGCACCUCCCUCAGCAUGUGCAUCAGUUCUACGGUGGAGGGUAUGCUGGCAACAAUGUCCAAGAAGGAUCCGAUAUAGAUACGAACCCGAGUCUCUCUGGAACUCCUCGCAGACAUGGACCACUUGGGCACCACAUUCCCUGGCAUUCGGCCAAACCCAGCGGUGGGUCGUAUCCCGGUCACCGUUCGAAGCUGUCAUCCUCCACUUUGAAUGUGGACGCCAAGGAAUUCGAUCCAAACGCUUCGACGGCCUCGCAGCAUUUCGCUUUCCAGGGUAACUCUUUCCAGUUCCCCAACGCCGGUCAGGAUAUGUUCACCUUCGGUUCAGGACCGGGAUUCAAGCCCUCAGUCAACUCAUUCGAUGCGCCCCCUGCCCCCUUUUCCGCGAGUGGCUCGCAUCGUAUGGCUACCCAUGGAUCCGGUGAAUUCAAUUUCUCAUCACCCUCUUUCAACGUUGCGGCACCUGUCUUCAACCCAGCCGCUAGCGUUUACUCUGCCGGUUCCGAGCAGCCACCGGCCGCCAAUAGAACCAAGAUAUUCGACGACGUUGAUGUUUCACAGGCUGCAAAAUCUGGCAAGAAGUCGAAGGCAAUUCCCAUCAUCCGCCCUGAUGAUAGUACGCCCGAGAAAAGAGAUAGGGAUGGGAAGGCACCGAGUGGAAAGGCUUCAGACCGCCAUAAACGUGCCCGUCGCGGGGAUGCGCCUUCUGAUGAAGAGGCUCCGUUCAGUCCGGGUCAUGCCCUAACGGAGUCCAAUGCCCAGCGAUCCCAGAUUCCUCACGGCUCUCAUGUAGCCGCCGAGGGCAAAGAAAAUGCAGUUCCCACGGGCACAUUGCCUCUGUCGGCUCAGCUUGGCAAGCCUGAGGAGCGCAAGGACACUCCCGUCAGUGAAGCCUCCACUUGGGCUCCUUCUGGUGCCAAGGAAGAGGCAGCAACUGCCGCGCCGGAACCACCGAAACGGGAACCCGACACGGCAGUGUCAACUAAGCCGGAAACUGAUGCCGCAGCAGCUCCUGCACCACAGCAGCAGGAGCCUCCUAAGGAGCAGCCCCCGAAGAAGGACUGGAGGACAGCGUUGUUCGGAUCGAAGAAAACCUUCACCUUCAAGCCCUCGGUGGCUGAAUUUAUACCCUUCACGGUUGAUCAGCCGAAGGCUGCGCCGGAGGAGCCGCCCAAGAAGAACGACCUUACGGCUUCUCGGCACGCUGUCCCAAGCCCUCCGGCUUCGCCUAAGCGCAAGACCCCGUCACCCGAGCCGGAGCAGCCUAUGCAGCCUCAAACCGACAUCAAGGCAGAGGAGCCAGCGCAGCCAGAGCAGCCGGAACAGGUUGCCAAGUCUGACUCUGACGCAGACUCGCCUGACGAGGAUGAGAUCAACGCCAUUAUGGAGCAACUCAACGAAGGAUCCGACGUUGGAAUCGAGAGGGUCAACACACCCCAGGCUGCUGCCAAUCGUAUGCCUCAGACCGCAGUGGCAGGACCGUCGAAAGAAAAGCGACACGGUCCCGCAGACAUCAGAAGCGACCCGCCCAGCCCCAGUCCUGGUCGGGGACAUGUCUCGCACGCGUUGGAUGUUCCGAAAUUGGAUUUCGAUGCCCAGUCUCACUUCGCGGCUACUCCUUCCAAGGGCUUUGCUUCCGGUAUGCCAUCGCCCAUUCGGAAACUCAUCAACCAAAACGAUCAGAUCAGCGACUGGGACGAUGUUAUCACGUCCGGCGAGGAAGAAAAGCUGGUACACCGCAGCAAGUUCUUUGACCGUCGGAUCAACGACCUCGUCGGCUCUGUGGUCGACGAUCGUCUAUCCCCUCUGGAGCGUGCUCUGAGCGCUAUCCAGCAAUCGGUUUCGGCGAUCACCCUGUCGACGCAGAACAAGCUGGCCUGGACCAGCACGUCCGCCGAGGCGGAGAGCGAUGCCGACGACGAGGACGACGAGUAUGAUGAAAAUGACUCCCAGCGAGCCCGGUCCCCACCGAGAGACCGGAAGCUUGAUCGGUUGAAGAACGUCAUCCUGGAAGUGCUGGCCCAGCGUGACACGCAGGAGCCCGUGGAGAAACCCGAAAACACCGAGCUGGUGCAACUCCGGGACAGCGUCGCCGAAUUGCAAGCCAUGGCCACCGAGAAACUGGCUCACGACCCUACCGCCGGCCUGCGGGAGAUGCUCCAGGAAGUAGUCGCCAACCAGUUCAGUAUCCAGAAUGCUCGUCCGUCUGACGCCGACGAGAUUGGUGCCGACAGUCUGAUGCUCCAGAUUGACGGUCUGAAGAACAUGCUGAGAAUGACCGACGAGCGGGCAGAGCAGGAGUACAAACUGCGCAGAGAAGCACAGGAUUCCAUGGCAGAGCUCCAGCGACUGCUCAAGGACGUUGAAGACGAUGCCGCCCGCCACAGUGAAGCCGCCGAGUCUGCCGAAGCUCGCUUCCUGCAGUUCAAGGAAGAGAAGAUUCCUUACUUUGAGCAGGUCCAAUUCAGAGCCGAUUCCCUGGAGCAGGAGCAUGCCAAGCUCAAGCUGACUCUGGCUGAAAUCUCCUCGAAGAACAUUGAACUCGAGGGCCACUUGGAUGAAUACCGUGUCUCUAGUGACAACUGGAAGCGUGACAGCGAGCGGUCGAAGGGAGAGCUUGAGGAAGUCAAGCAGGAAAACAAGAGCCUGCGUGGCUCCAUCGAUCAUCUUAAGACGCGCAUUGAAGACGGCAUGAGCAUCCGACACAACCUCAGCGAGAAACUGGAUCGCCUUCAGGAUGAAAUGGCCACGGCUUCCGGGGAUAUUGCCCGCGAACAGGCCAUCUGGCGCAGGCGGGAAGAAGAGCACGUGGCUCGGUAUAACGAACUCAAGGCGGCUUACAGCCGCGAGCAGAAGCUGCGUGAGAAGCUCGAGGUUGAUAUCAGCGAACUCGAGCAACAGGAGCGAGAGGCCGCCAAACUCAAGUUCAUCUUCGGGCAGUCCCAGCAGGAGAACGCCAGGCUGGAAGAGCUGGUGGCUAACCUGCGGGUUGAAAACCACGACAUGGAACUCAAGGCGGCCCGUUUCGAGCGUGAAUUCAACGAGGCUCGCGAGAGCAGCCGCGUCGAGAUCCAGCGGACCCGGACCUCCAUGGAGGCCGAUGUCGAGGCCGCCAAUAGCCAGGUCAACAUCGUGCGCGCCGAAUUGGAGGCACAGAUUCUCCGCCUGCAGAGCCAAAUGGACAAUGUACGCCUUAACAAUGACACCGAGCGCGAACGUUACGAGAUGCUGCUUGAGGAGGCCACCGAGACCAAGGCCAGCGCCUUGGCUGCGGCAGCCGAAUCGCGGGAGAUGGCUGUAGAGGAACAGCGCAGCAUGCAUGAGCGCGUCCUCAAUGACCUCCGGGAGCGCCAUGCUCGUGCCUUGCACAACUCGUCCGAGGAUCGACAGCGCGCCGAGUCUCAUCUGAUGGACAAGUUGGCGUUGUCGGAUGACAAGGUCCAUCACCUGCAGGAUCGUGUGCAACACCUUGAAGACAAGCUCGAAAUCGCCCAGUCCGCUGCUCGGGCUGCUGCGGAGGCUGCGCAGAUGGCCAAGGCAGGAGUGGCGACAUCCACGCCUCCUCCUACCAUGCCCGUCAACACCCCUUCGAUGUCAUUUAACGGCUCCAUGGUUCCUGAGAAGAUCUCCCCGCAGGCGUUGCGCGAGUCCAUUCUCGUGCUUCAAGACCAGCUACAGCAGCGUGAGACUCGCAUUGAAGAGCUCGAGCAAGAGGUCGCGUCCGUGGACAAGGAUGCCCCCAACAAGCUUAAAGAGAAGGAUACGGAGAUUAACUGGCUCCGUGAGCUGUUGGGAGUCCGAAUCGAUGAUCUACAGGAUAUUGUCACCACCGUGUCCCAGCCCUCAUUUGACCACAACGCUGUCCGUGACGCUGCCAUUCGCCUGAAAGCCAACCUGCAGAUGCAGCAACAGGAGAAGGAAAGGGCUGCGUCUGGAGUCCAGGGCCUCCCAAGCCUUCCAUCACUGUCUGAGAUCCGAGCAUCCCCUCGAGCACUCCCUCUCGCUGCAGCUGCAGCAUGGGGCAACUGGCGCAAGGGCCGGGAGGGGGCAAACAGCAACACUUCGAACCAGACUCCUUCCAAGCCGAGCCACGCCACUGCUUUCCUAUCUGGUCUCCUGACGCCGCCUAGCUCUAAUCGACAGGCGGUCAUCAAUGCCCGAGCAGCCGCAUCAGGCGCGAGACGGUCGUCGGAGAGUCGCCCGCUAAGGAGCGUCAACAGUACACCUCGACCGUUGUCUUCGCGGGCCGCCGGCAAGAUGCGCGAGCCUCCAACUACACCCCCUCUUCUCCGGAGGUCCAGCUAUGACCGCGAUGCAGAGCCAACCGAUUACGAAGAGACCUACGGACAGGCCUACGGAGAGGGUUCUCCGGGGGAAGAAAAUGAAAGUACGGUCGACGGAUUGGUCUCUGCGUCUCCACGGGACACCAAUGACGGUCCAUUUGGACCGCAAAUAACAACAUAG